CAGAUUUUUGUAACUACAAACAGGUAGAACCGUUUUCUCAUAAUUAAUUGUAUUUUUUAUAAAUAAUUCCAUGAAAAUUAUUUCCUAGAGAGAUCCACCAAGCAAUUGAAAACCUUUCUUAAUAAAUUUUUCCAGAACAGGAAUUGUUUAAAAAAAAGCCCUUGCGCCCUCAAACUAUGGCUUUCCCAAUCCCGUCCCUUCCUUGUAUUGUACGCUUGCAUCCCGAGAGUGUCGUUCGAUUUUGCGCAAAAAGGCGCUAGUUGUGAACCGCACUUUCUCUAAUAUGGCGUUAUGAAACCAUUCGGACCAUCUAAAAAUCCAAAAUUUUAUUACCAUCCCCUUUCUUCAAAAUGGCUGUUUUUUAAUAGUUUCUCUUAAACACAUCUUUUGUUGGAUUUUUAACUGUCUAUAAUACAAAAUUAUGUUGGAACCAUACAAUCAAGAUCAAAUAUGGAUUGUCGUUUUAGGUUUUAUAAUUGCAUUCGUUUUAGCUUUUGGAAUAGGAGCAAACGAUGUGGCAAACUCAUUUGGCACCAGCGUGGGAUCAAAAGUAUUGACAAUAUUUCAAGCCUGUUGUCUUGCUACAUUUUUCGAAGUCACUGGGGCAAUUUUAAUAGGUUACAAGGUAUCAGAUACUAUGAGAAAGGGAAUUUUGGAUGUAAACAUGUACAAGGACGCUGAAAGAGAACUGAUGUUGGGUUCGAUAAGUGCUCUAACAGCGAGCGCCAUUUGGUUAAUUGUCGCCACGUUUUUCAAGCUACCUAUCUCAGGAACACACAGUAUUGUAGGGGCUACGGUGGGGUAUAGUUUAGUUUUAAGAGGCACCCAAGGUGUUCACUGGAAGACUUUAGGCAAAAUAGUUGGUUCAUGGUUCAUUUCACCGGUAUUCAGCGGCGUGACUUCUUGUUGCCUGUUGUGGGUAAUAAAAAAAUGCAUCCUUACACGUCCCGAUCCUUUGGAAGCCGGUCUGAUCUCCUUGCCACUUUUCUACAGUUUCACCAUUCUAAUAAAUUUGUUUUCCAUUGUUCACGACGGUCCGAAGUUACUCCACAUGGACAAUAUUCCCUUUUGGAUGGCCGCUACCAUCAGCAUAAGCAUUUCUUUGUUUUUUAUGGUAAUUAUAUGGUUGUUCGUGGUACCGUGGCAGAGAAGGGUCAUCAAGCAGGAGGAAGGUCGGGCCGAGAAAGUCGCCGUUAAUUUUAACAUAGGGGAAUCAUCAGACACGUCGCCCGAGGGUAGCCCGAACCCAAGCCGCAAAUCGAACCGCAACUCAGCGUUGCUGGAACGUCAAUUAACCGUCAUAUCGGAGAGCACCGAGCUGCAGGCGCUCGACCAAACGCGCAUCACGGCCGCCAAAUACAUUUUUCCUGUGCAGACGAUCGAUAAGCACGUGUUCGCCCACGCUCCGGCCUCCGCCACUAAAGACUCCACCAAAGAGACUGAAGUCCGCAAGUACAUUAGACCCACCGAGCUUAAACUCGUAGAGAGUACCACCAGCGUAAACCCCGCUCUAUCGCCUAGCUCAAGUGGCGUUCCGCUGAUCACCAACAGGAGUUCCGGCAAUGGAGGUGAUCAAGGGAUGCACAUAUGUGAUAUUCAAGAUAAUGGCGACAUUUUUAAUGAAAACAAAGGUGUAUCAAGACUGUUUAGUUUUUUACAAGCGCUAACCGCUAUGUUUGGCAGUUUCGCACACGGUGGUAAUGAUGUAAGCAAUGCUAUUGGACCUUUAAUAACGCUAUGGCUUAUUUACUCUGAAGGAACCGUACAGCAAAAAGCCGAAACGCCUUUGUUUAUUUUGUUAUAUGGUGGGUUUGGCAUUUCUGUUGGAUUAUGGUUGUGGGGUCGAAGAGUUAUCGAAACCAUUGGAGAGGAUUUGACUACAAUAACUCCUUCUACAGGGUUUACUAUAGAAGUAGGAUCCGCUUUCACCGUUCUACUUGCUAGUAAAAUUGGUAUUCCAAUUUCUACUACUCAUUGCAAAGUUGGAUCGGUUGUUUUCGUAGGAUAUUUUAGUUCCUCCAAGCGUGGUGUCGACUGGAGUCUUUUCAGAAACAUAAUUUCUGCAUGGGUUGUGACAGUUCCAGUGGCAGCCCUGAUGUCAGCCGGUACCAUGUUGUUGUUGAGUUGCAUAGUUUUAACGAAGGUUCAAUAGAUUAUAAACUGUUAAUAAAUGUUUAAAAAAAAAAUCAGUCAAAAAUAGCGCCCCGCCUCAAAGCCAUUUUAGUAGUCGUAAAGAUUUCCCCCCUCAAAAAAAAGUAAUGUUCCAUAAAUAAGUUUUGUAGAAUAGUUAAAUCUACGGUUUCAGCUUUUUAUAUAGAAUUAUAACUUUUGCAGUCGUAGAAUCUAAUAUUUAAAUUGCAACAAUAAUAACUGUCGUACCUUUUUUACUGACCCACCCUAUAUGUUGUUUUACACAAAAACCUUAACCGUAGAUUUAUCUAUAGACUUGGCCACACCUGUCUCUGUAUUAAGUUUUUUAGAUAAUUAUUAAAAUUACCUACCAUUAUUAUUUGUGUUAGAUCUACUUGAACUAAAUUACUAAUGCUAAUAGUAUUAAAAAAAUUAGAUAUCUGAAAAAAGAAAAAUGAAUAAAAAAUGAAAACUGCCUUAAAAAAUAUUUUAAAAAUAAUUGUGGACCUUCUGCUCGUUGCUCUUAUUAAAGACUAGUCAAAAUUAUAGAAAUAGACGAACAGCUUCUUUGCUAGCACAUAAAUAGAAAAAACAAUAUGCUAGAAACAGACCUAUAAACGUUUUAAUAAAUUAGAAAGAGUUAACAUAUAGCUGCCCAAGUGGUCUCUGUAUUUUUUGACAAUUGAUGUAGCCUUUGACUUGUUUUUUUCUAAUAUUUGACGUAUCUUUUAUGACAUGAUUUGAAGUUUAAAUCAUUUGACACAUGACGUGACUUUCGUGACAUUUGACAUGACUAUUCCGACAUUUAACGUUUUGCUAGCACAUAAAUAGAAAAAUCUGAUGUGUCCAACACAUGACUUUCCUAUCUAG